AGGAAGAGAGAGAGAGAGAGAGAUAGACAUGCACAGAGGAGGAGGAGGAGGGGGAGGCUCCUGAUACCAAGACACGGAAAAGCAGGGGAGGGAAAGAGAGAAAGAAAAAAAAGAAAAAGGGGGCUGGUGGAGGAAGAGGAGCGGGGAGUUUGGAGAAAAAAAACGGGGAAUAACACUUUACAGAAAGCACACAGAGGAGAGGAAGGACAGUACCCGGCGCUUUGGACGUCCCCUCCUUUCUUCUCUCAGGCUGUCACAGCGGAUUGGACUCCGAAGGACCGACACCGCGUCCAGCCCAGACCCCAUGGGGUAACAGCAGAUGUUUGGAGGAGAGGCUUUUGUUCAGCUACACAGAUGAACAACAGGAAGGAGGACAUGGAGAUCUCGUCUCACUACCGUCAGCUCCUCAGAGAGCUCAAUGAGCAGAGGCAGCACGGCAUCCUCUGCGACGCCUGUGUCAUCGUGGACGGAAAGAUCUUCAAGGCCCAUAAGAACGUCCUCCUGGGCUCCUCACGCUACUUCAAGACGCUUUACUGCCAGGUUAAGAAAGGGGCAGAGCCUCAUCACCAGACUACUGUCACUCACCUGGACAUCGUCACGGCGACGGGUUUUAAAGCCAUUCUGGACUUCAUGUACUCAGCGCACCUUGCCCUCACCAGUAAGAAUGUGAUCGAGGUCAUGUCAGCCGCCAGCUACCUGCAGAUGACAGACAUUGUCCAGGCCUGCCACAGCUUCAUCAAGGCUGCACUGGACAUCAGCAUCCGCUCUGAGAUGGCUGACGAACUGGCCGACUUUGAAAUGGGAGCUGUUGCCGCUGCUGGCCUCGGCGGAGGUGGAGGAGGCGGAGGUGGUGGAGGAGGAGUGGGUAUAGCGGGAGCAGGCGGUGUUGCAGGAGCUGGUUUAGGAGGUGGAGGAGGGGGGAUAGUGGGCAUGGCUUCUGAAGCCCUGGCCUCCAUCAUGUCUGGUCGCAGCACCUCCCCUUGGCUGGCGCGCCGCACCAGCCCAGCCAACUCCUCUGGGGACUCAGCCAUCGCCAGCUGCCACGAGGGAGGCAGCACGUAUGGAAAAGAGGACCAAGAACCCCCCAAGAGCCACGAGAGCCAGGAGGAGGCCUGCCACGACUCCCAGCCCGCCUGGCCACAUGACUAUAGGCCUGUCACUGUCAAAGAAGAACAGGUGUCCCCUGCUUCCUCCUCUCAUCCCCGGGACACUCCCAGGGGCGCAGCCCAAAGCCAGGGGGAGCAAGGGGCUGGUGGUGCUGGUGGAGGAGGUGGAGAAGGGCCCUGGCAACCCCUGUCAGGGUCGGGGCGGAGGAAGAACAGGAAGAACAAGGACACAGUCAGACAUAUUACCCAGCAGGCUGAGAGGAACUGGGACCGGGAGCGGGACAGGGAGAGGGACAGGGACAGUAGGCCUGGAUCCCCUCUGCCCUCCAUGCUGGCUGUGGCUGGAUGGAACUACAACGGGCAGGACAUCCCAGGGGCAGACGUGACCGAACCCAACAGCUCAGACAGCCGCGGCGAACGCCUCGACUUCUUCCUCAAACAGGAAGAGGCUCUCACCACAGAGCCCGGCUUCCUGGGCACGAACGAAUCGGAGGAGGGCGUCGGAGGAGCCGGGGGUGGAACGAUCUCGUCCGUAGCCAAUCUGAAGGCAGCGCUGAUGAGUAAGAACAGCCUGCUGUCACUGCGGGCUGAGAUGAUGGGAGAUGAUAACCCCUUGCUGUAUGAGUACCUGCCCAAAGGAGGACACUCCCUGUCUUUGAAUGACUUCACGGUGAUCCGUAAAAAGUUCAAGUGCCCCUACUGCAGCUUCUCUGCUAUGCAUCAGUGCAUCCUAAAGAGGCACAUGCGCUCCCAUACUGGUGAGAGGCCCUACCCCUGUGAAAUCUGUGGCAAGAAGUUCACCAGACGGGAGCACAUGAAGAGACACACACUGGUCCACAGCAAAGACAAGAAGUACGUGUGUAAAGUGUGCAGCCGAGUCUUCAUGUCAGCAGCCAGCGUGGGAAUCAAACACGGAUCGCGUCGCCACGGAGUCUGUGCCGACUGCUCCGGUCGGGGCAUGGCCGCUUUGCUGGACCACAACGGGGAGGUGGGCGGGGACAUCUCUCCGGAGGAGGAGCUGUAUCCCGGCGACCGCUUCCACGAUGACCAGGCGGAGUGCGAUGGCGAUGGAGAAGGGGAGGAGGAGAUGAUGGUGGAAGGGGACGGAGAGAUGUUGGGAGAAGGGGAGGAGGAAGGAGGGAAGUGGAAGGACUCAGGGAUGACCACUGAGGCGCACGGAACACUGGACAAUGAGAAGGAGGAGAGUGACUCCUCGGCACAGGAGGGGGAGCAGCAGAACGGGAGCGAGAGGGACUUCGCCUGGAUCUCAUAGAAUCUGUUCGGCUCCUGUUAGUGGCUCAUCAACCAAUCUCUGAAGAUCUCUUGUGAUCUCUCAGGCAGAAUCCUCUGCUCUCUUUACCCAUUCGUCCCACUGUGGGCAGGCCUUCCUUUGAAUGGAAAUGCUGUAGGGUGAUGCGCGACAAUGAUCUAAUUCCAUUCUGAGUAACACUCAAAUGCACGCACACACACACACACACACACUCUCUCACACACACACACUUAC